AUGGAGAGCAGUUCUUUUGAGAAUUCUCCUCCGGCAGCAAACCGGGAUGCUCAAGAUAAUAAUAUGAAUACGGAAACGAAUGACCAGGAAACGCAUCUUCCAGCUUUCGAAACUAGAGGCACAAAUGAUAGAGAGGACAGUGCGCAAAAAGAAACAGGCGAAAACUCUGUUAAAAAUAUCGAACAUAGUUCUUCUGCUGCAAAUUUGGAUAACGCUUCCACCAACACUGCGUUGGAUGAUGAUGUUAUUCCGAACGCCAUUGUUAUUAAAAACAUUCCGUUUGCCAUUAAAAAGGAGCAAUUGUUAGACAUUAUUGAAGAUAUGGACCUUCCCCUACCUUAUGCCUUCAAUUAUCAUUUUGAUAACGGUAUAUUCAGAGGUUUGGCCUUCGCGAAUUUCACCACUCCUGAAGAAACCACUCAGGUGAUAAAUUCUUUAAAUGGCAAGGAAAUCAGUGGGAGGAAACUGAAAGUAGAAUAUAAAAAAAUGCUUCCCCAAGCUGAAAGGGAAAGGAUCGAGAGGGAGAAAAGAGAGAAAAGAGGUCAAUUGGAAGAACAACACAGGUCGUCAUCUAACCUUUCUCUACACUCGUUGUCCAAAAUGGGUGCAGGCGGAAACAAUAGUUCCUCCAACAAUCAAUUAUUCUCGACUCUAAUGAAUGGUAUCAACGCUAAUACUAUGAUUAACAGUCCAAUGAAUAAUACUGUUACUAAUAACAACAACGGUAAUUCUAACAAUAACAACGGUGGUAACAUCAGCAUGCAUCAACCCUCACUUUCUGCCCAACACACCUCGUCAUCACUGUACCAGGCAAUCAACGCCAACAAUCAAAACCAGAUGUCCACUGAGAGAUUUUAUGCGCCUUUACCAUCAACUUCGACGUUACCUUUACCACCCCAGCAACUGGACUUCAAUGACCCUGACACUUUGGAAAUCUAUUCCCAAUUAUUGCUGUUCAAGGAUAGAGAAAAGUAUUAUUAUGAGUUGGCUUACCCCAUGGGUAUAUCAGCUUCUCACAAGAGAAUUAUCAAUGUCUUGUGCUCAUAUUUAAGUCUAGUUGAAGUAUAUGAUCCAAGGUUUAUUAUAAUCAGAAGAAAAAUCUUGGAUCAUGCUAAUUUGCAAUCUCAUUUGCAACAGCAAGGUCAAAUGACAUCCGCUCACCCUUUACAACCAAACUCUACUGGCGGCUCCAUGAACAGAUCUCAAUCUUAUACAAGUCUAUUGCAAGCUCAUGCUGCUGCUGCGGCCAACAGCAUUAGUAAUCAAGCCGUUAACAAUUCUUCCAGCAGCAACAGCAUUGGUAACGGUAAUGGUAACGGUAAUGGUAACAGCGUCAUCACCAACAACAAUAGUGCCAACUCAACACCAAAAAUCUCUUCACAAGGACAAUUUUCUAUGCAACCAACACUAACUUCACCUAAACUGAAUAUACAUCAUAACUCUUUAUUCAAUUCGGCGGAUCAACCACAACAACCUCAACCACAAACACAGCAAAAUAUUCAAUCAACCGCACAACAACAACAAUCAUUUUUAAGACAGCAGGCCACUUUAACACCAUCCUCAAGAAUUCCUUCCGGUUAUUCUGCCAACCAUUAUCAAAUCAACUCCGCUAAUCCAUUACUAAGAAAUUCUCAAAUUUCUCCCCCAAAUCCACAAAUCCCAAUCAACAAUCAAUCUCUAUCUCAAGCUCAACCACCAUCGCAAUCACAAACUCAGCAGCGCGUACCAGUUGCAUACCAAAAUGCUUCAUUGUCUUCUCAGCAGUUAUAUAAUCUUAACGGCCCAUCUUCUACAACAAACUCGCAACCACAAUUGCUCCCACAGCACACCAACGGUUCAGUUCAUUCUAACUUUUCAUACCAGUCUUAUCACGACGAGUCGAUGUUGUCUGUACAAAAUUUGAAUAGUGCGGACCUAAUUUAUAAAUCUUUGAGUCACACCGGGUUGGACGAUGGUUUAGAACAGGGUUUGAAUCGCUCUUUAAGCGGAUUGGAUUUACAAAACCAGAACAAGAAGAAUUUAUGGUAA